CAUGCAAGAAAAGGUGUUAAUAUAAUCCUAAGUGUGAACAGCAAUGCACAUUCAGACAUAUCCAGUGGUUUGAGUUCCAUAUAAGGAUGAAGCAUUAUUUCUGUAUAAUUCUUCUAACUUUUGGUGCCAAUGGCCAAAAUCUUGAUUACAUUGAGGUCACUGCCAGCAGUGGAGGAAUUGUCGAGAAUGUUCCAGAUCAAAAUACGGCUGGUGAUGAUAUAAACACUAACUAUUAUGGAGGAAAUGGAGAGCUAGAUUAUUAUGGAGACAAUUAUGGAAACAAAUACAAUGGCAAAUACUUUGCCAAGGAUGUGGAAUAUUUUUUGUUCAACAGAAAAUUAAGUGAUGUUGAAACGUUACAAAGGUCGAGAGGAUUAUAUGAACAUUAUGAAUACGACGAUGGGAAUCCAGAUGUUCACGGGAGAAUCCAGCGUCCUUGCCAAGCGUACGACACAUUCUGCAUCCGCAGGUUCUUCGCACAGCACUCCCAAUGCAAUAUAUCCGGGAGACAAGUUCCCGAGCCCCUGUUCCGAGCCCAGGCCACGCUCAACAUCCCUAACACGAACGUGUCGGCUACGUUUAACAAUGUGGAGUAUAGAGGAAUCAAAGAUGGAAGAGUAGCAGAGUUUUAUGUUAACAGACAAACAGACAAGGUUGUCGUCACUAUAGAGUUCACCAACUUGACGAUGAGAUCCAGAGACACAUUCCUGAGAUACCACAGGAGGGCCAGGGAACCUAUCAUCACCUAUGGCUACACCGUCAUAGAAUACCCGUCCAUUCUCCUGACCGUGACAAUACCCCAAGUGAACGACCUUCUGUUUGAAAAGUCGGACAACUUCGCCUACGCUAACGCAAUACCUAAAGUCGAUAUGGACCCUAGAUUGGGAGAGAGCUCAGAUCCAGUGGUGCCAAAUACUUUUGCUUUCAUGAGGGCAAAUUUGGCAACUUUCGCCACCGAAGCUCUUCUCACACAGUCUCAGUUCUUCUCUACGGUCUUCAUACAAAAAGUUAUCUGCGAUUUUGGCAUAAAGGUUGCUUUGGCUUGA